GAUACCAACCAUGUUUGGGGAGCAGAUCAUUUCAUUUGAAAAGGAAGAGAUCACCUGCGAAGAUUGGAAGAUUGUUAAGAACCAAAUCAUUGGUGACAAGAUAAUGCGCCAGAGAUAUUUCGCCAAUGGUGCAGUUCCUCUUUUACUUAAUGAAAUUCAGAGCAAGUCUUCAGGUUUUACCUUCGCUCAAUUUCAGAAGAGGAAUUCACUAGUCCUUCCUCUUGGAAGUCCAAUCAAGGAAUCAAUACAAGAAGAGCUUCUUGGAGAGGAAGAUGCUAAUUCUGAUGAGAAACCAUUUGAAUCAGGAAGUGAUUUCGAAUUCUCUCCAAUGAAAUCGAUGAUUAGUGAUUAUAUGAGUCAUGACCCAAUAAGAAUUGAAAGAUUUAAGCAUAUGCUAUCGAUUUUGAUAUGAUAUUCAACAUUUUUGCCAGCCACAAAACAGUUCCAAGAUUUUGGAGAAGUUUCUCAAGCAUUAGAUUGAAUUCUUAUCGAAUUUAAUGACAUCCCCCAGCUUCAUGAGCUAUGUCUAAGAUUGCUUAAAUAACUUAAUAAAUUUUAAUAGUCUCAAAAAAGAAGAAAUUAAAGAGAAAUUUGGAUCAAAACAAAGCCCUUCAAAAGACAAACCUGUUGUUCAUAUAAGCAAGAUAGUAUGAAUGAAAGGCCUGAGCCUUAGUAAGGGUCUUUCUAGGGCCCAGCGCUCCUUGAUGAGCAACAACACGAUCUUAACGUUUAAGAGUAUGAUUAUUUACAGUCUUGCUGAGAACCAACCUAUGAUGAAUAAAUUUAUUUAAAUCACAAGGUGAACUAAUCAAAAGCAUGAUUAGAAUUGUUGUAAAUCCGUCUAAAUACGAGGGUGUUUCUCAGGAAACUUUGAAGAAUCUAUCUCUUGCCUUAGCACUUGUUAAUCGACAAGAUCCAUCAGUAAUGAGUUGCAUCAGAAAGAAGUCUUGUCUGGCCAAAUUGAAGAUCUUGCUGAAAAGUAUGAACCCAGAAAUAUCAAACUCUGCAGGGAUACUCAUUAGUACUUUCUUUUUAGACCAGAAAAUAGGAUCUUUUGCUAUUAAGAAAUUUUGUAAUGCAAUGUUUCAGAAGUGUACAACUUCUUUGGCAAGUUCUAGGUUGGACAAUUUCUUAUAUGGGCUCAUUAUUCUUGAGAAUAUAAGCAAGUCUCCCCGUAUUGCUUCCAUCCCUGAGUGCAGUGUGAUAGUGAUCACUUUGCUAGAUUUGAUGAUAAACUUAUCAAAAUACUUCACUAUCAAUGGAGCAGAGGUUGGAGAUUUUCCAUUCGUGCCUGAAUCGUAUAAAAAUGAUCUCCAAGGGUUUCUAAAGUUAAUAGUUUCUAGGUGUAUCCUCCAAAUCACUCAAAACUCUAAGGAAGCUCUUCAAUAUUUGGUGGAGAACAUGAACCUGAGUUGUUAUAAAAAGCUAGUAAAAAGAGAGCAGAACAGUAUCAUUAUGGUUCAAAUUCUUCCUAGUCUGUGACUUAGUUCUGAGUUUUUAAAAGGAUAUAAAGGUCUUAUGAAAAAAUCUAAGGAAAUUAUCAAGAUUAUUUUUGAUCAAUUGCGCAGCAGCGAGGUAGACAGAAUCUUGAUCGGCAUUAAGUGCCUAGAAGCUCUUAAUAGUAAAUACAGAGAGUUCCUACACUCCUCUGCGAUGAAAGUAUUCCAGAUCUUAUCAGAACUUGUUAGGUCAGAGAAUGAAAAGGUUAAAAAGGCAGCAAUGGAUUUCUUGGUAAGCAUCCUUAGCUCAUGGGUGGGCAAAGAAAGAGAGUCUUUAGGAGAUCUCUGAUUGCAUUUGCUAUACAAAAUUGAGGAAGAGGAAAGUUAUAUAAUUGUCAGGUUGUUAGAUUGACUAAAGAUUCUUCUUUCAAAGAAUGAUAUUAAAGUUAGCCAGGAUAUUUACAUCGAUCAAAUCGCGCAUCUUCUCUCUCAUAAGGACUCUGACGUUAAAUUAAGAGUGCUUGAGACUCUGACUCUGAGUCAAGACUUAAAAGAGCUGGCAUUGUACCUUAGUGAUGAUAAUUUUGUGAUGGAGAAGAUUCUCUCUGGCUUCUUAAUAAAUGAUAUAAAAAUUAAGAAAGCUAUACUAAACUUACUCCAAUUGCUUUUGACUCAAAACCAUCAGAUUUCAUAUAAUUUGAUAUCCAAAAAUAUGGUUGAAGAGUAUAUUUUAGAGGAGAUUCAAAAGAAUCUUCCCAAAGGAAAGACUCUUGAAGAUAUUAUGGCCGACAUGGGAUGAACACCCGAGCUAGAAAUACUAAACACACUCAACCAGGUCCAACAUAUGAUUAUCAGCACUAAAGAGAUUGAGAGGAGAAAGUCUGACCAAUAAACAAAGAAAAUAUCAUGUAUGUGCUUAUGGGCUUCAACUUUACUCACAUCAAUUUCACCAAUGGGAAAUAAUUGCUGAAAUAUUAUUGCCAAAUUC